AUGUACUUACUGGUCUAUGUUGACGAUUUAAUCCUAACUGGAAACGAUGAGUCGGUUAUCACUACAUUUACCGUUCUUCUAAAUCAAGAAUUUGCUAUCAAAGACCUUGGUGACUUAAGCUACUUCUUGGGACUUGAAGUGUCUUAUAUAGAUGAUGGUCUCUUUCUCAGUCAAUCAAAAUAUGCUACAGAUGUGCUUACAAGGGCAAAUUUACUAGAUUCCAAACCAGUCUCCAUGCCUUUGGCGUCAAGUGAACUGUUUCUAUCUAAAGGCACUCCAUUCUCCGAUCCAAGUCUAUAUCGCUCUCUUGUUUGGGCUCUUCAAUACUUAACCAUUACAAGACCAGAUAUAUCAUAUGCUGUAAACCAGGCAAGUCAGUUUUUGCAUGCUCCUACUGAUGCUCAUUUUCAGUCUGUAAAACGUAUUUUGCGUUAUGUUAAGGGCACAAUCGCUUUUGGCCUCUCUUUUCGUCGCCCUCACACAAAUACCAUUCUUGGCUACUCUGACGCUGACUAG